AUGAACAGUGUCCAUUCCUUCGUUUCACCAAACGUUUCACAUUUUGAAUCACAAGCCACUGAGCAAUGGGGAGACAACUUUGAUGUUAAACUUCAGUAUCUAGUUGAUAGUGCAAGAGAAAACUUCCAAUACAAAGAUUUUGACCCAAUAACCAAACAAGAAUAUGAUACCUCCUCUCCAAGCAGCCUUCACUCUUUCAACUCAUUUGGUGAAGAUGAUUUAGAUUCAACUACACCAAGUUUUACGAAACAAAAUGGGUUACCUUCACCAGAUAUCUUGGGUGAGAAAGAACUGAAAACAUCCAGUCUAGUACAACAACGUAAAUCAAAACCAAACAAUGCUGAAUAUUUUUUCAACCCAGUGCUGACACCAAUUGAACCAUUAUCAUAUGAUUGGAAAAACAUCAACUAUGAAGGUGAUGAUUUAUCAACUUUUUCAAGAGUUAUGAAAAGAACUGAAGAUUUCCAAUUAACACCUGCAACUGAUGACCAUUCCAAUGCAUCCUUCCAAGGUUUAUUUGCCUCUCAAGAAAUAUAUCCACAAGUUAUUACAUCAGAGAUACCGUCAACCCCUCUAUCUAACCCAGCAACAUCAACAUUAUCUUCAGUGACAGCAUCACCAAUGACUCCAGGUUCUGCAAUAAUUAAAAAGAGGAAAGCUGAAAGAAAGAAAAGAGUGCGUACUCCUAAAUAUAAAUAUGAUGAAAGUGCAAAGCCAAUCGCUGAACAAUUAAUGGCAAAUAAAGGAAUUUGGAACAAAAUUUCACAAAAGAAGAAGAAAGGUAUUUAUAAAUGUACACAUUGUUCAGAAAUGUUUAAAGAAUUGAUUGAUCUAGCCAAACAUAUUGAUGAAAACAAGAUUGCACGUCAGCAUAAAUGUCCAUUUGAAGAUUGUCCAUGGUCUAUUAUUGGUUUACCAAGAAGAGCUGAAGUUAGAAGACAUUGUGCAGCUCAACAUGCUUAUGUUAUAACGUAUCCUGAUGAUAAAACAGAAUGUCAUGAAGGUUAUAUCUCAUCAGAAAAAUUCAAAUGUCAGUAUGAUUUCUGUGAUAGAUUGUUUAAAAGAAAAGAUUCUCAACAAAGACAUGAAAAAUUGGUUCAUUUGAAUCCUACAAGUCGUUUCAAUACAAGAAUUGAUAAAUUGAAAACUCAUUAUAAAACUGAUGAUGUUGCAUUUUUAACUGAUAUACUGGGGAAGAAAAAGAAAACAAAGAAAUCUGAUGAGGAUGCUGAAGAUGAUGACUGA